ACUCCUUUGUGGAGGAAGGACGAUGAAGGCAAGACCGUUUGCAACGUAUGUGGCCUCUACUAUAAGCUUCACGGCUCUGCUCGUCCCAUUAGUAUGAAAUCCGAUAUUAUUCGGAAGCGCUCUCGACACGACGCUCGUGCGCCACCAGUCCCUGUAGCUAUAAUGCAUCAAGUCUGCUAA